AAUCUGGACCGUGGCUACGGACAGCAAGGCCACUGUGGCUGAUAACCGGAGGCUGGGACCUGUGAUGACAGAUGGUGCCACUGGUUUCCUGUCAGCAAGGCAUUUCUCAGACCCUCUCCAAGGCGUCCAUUUUGCCUGGGGGCGCAAAGCCAACCACCACGCCUGGCUGACCUCCCUUAUCCACACGAAGAGGGAGGGGGACGCCAUCACCCGCCCCGGGAUGGAAGGUUGGAGUUUUCUUCACAGAAGAUGGUGGCCCUGGGAGGCGUCGAAUGAUUGAAAAAAUGAUAGGGUGGCCGCCCCUCCCGGCCACGUUUGCGGACAGAAUUUAGGAUUGGGAUGUACUUCCAAGCCUGCCAGUUUUGAGAAUGGCUUGGGUCACUCCCCUUUAGAUUGUAAACUUCCUGAGAGCAGGAUGGAUUGGUUUCACUGCAAUCAGUGCUUCUGCAAAGAUGCGGCCCCCUUCUUUGUCACCAACUGUGGCCAUAUUUUCUGUAGAAAGUGUGUACUUGAAGAAAAAUGUGCUAUCUGUGGGACUGCCUGUAAGCAUCUGGUGCUUUCUGAGAAUCUUAAACCCCAGGUGAAGAUGUUCUUCAAAAGUCCUAAGGAGACAGCAUUGCGAUAUUUAAGUCACGUCUCCCAGGUAUGGACCUUCCAGAAGAAGCAGAUGGAUCUCCUUAUUGCCUUUUACAAAGACAGGCUCUCCAAAUUAGAACUAACCGUGCAGGAGACUCAGCAGAGAGUGGCUAACCAGGAAAAGGAGUUGGCAGUCCUGAAGAAGGAGAAUGGUGAACUGAAGAAGUUUCUGUCCAUUCUGAAGGAAUGUCCCAACCGAUGCCAAGGCAGCAGGACUUCUACACCCCGGCCAGUGGGCAUUACCUCCCCCACACAAUUAGCCACUCCUCGCCCCAGCUCCCAGCACAGCAGCCACAUGGUCAGUCGAUCCUCCUCCCGGGAGUCCACCCCCUAUAGAAUGGCGACUCUGGGCAGCUGGCAACAGGGAAGCCGAGGCUUGCAGGGAAGAAGCACUCCCAGGGACUCUUUCACUGCAACUCCCUCAUCAGGGACUUCUCAUAGCCAGCUGUCCUAUAGGGCUCCUUCUGCCUCCUUGGGUUUGGGGGUGAUCUCUUCCAGGCCAUCCGGCCCCACCAGAGUCACCCCUAACUAUUCUAUGAGGAUAUUUUCCACUUAAAAGCCACAUCUCAGGCAGCUCUGAUUCACCUGACUAGGCUGACCUCCCAACAGCAGCAGCUGCAGGUGGGGCUGGCCAAAAGGAAAGAAGUCUGGAGUCCCUCCCACUCUCCACGGUGGCUAGCAAGGAAAGGACAAGCUCGACUGGACUCAACUCCUAUUGCAUCCUGAGACUUGGGCCCUAAGGUUGGGGUCCCGGACCUAGUUCCUCUCUCCUAAUUCUCAACUCCACUCUGCUGUUCGCAGACUUUCUUAUUGGUUCCAGUGAGACCACAUACUGAAGUAGCACACCCAGCCCCUUCUUCAAACAUUUGCGUUUAAUGAGGAAGAAUCACCUGCUCAAGGCCUUAGUUCACCGGGCCCCAACCCUCCCUUCCGCUAGGAUGUAGAAAGCUCCCCCCGUUUCCCACUUGGCAUGCCUCUCCUUCCCCCCAGAAUUGCUUUUUAGCUUCAUUGCUUAGGUCAGUGCUUGGCACACAGUAAGCACUUAAAUAGAACUCUAAUUUUCACCAUCUGUGUACUGUAUGAAAAUAAAUAACCAAUACGUUGCUUAACCUGCAGCCUCCCGGACCUGGACGCAGGCAUCAUUAAAAGGCUGAUUUCCCUCAUGA